AUGGGUUAAUGUAAUAACUGUUAAUCAUGUUAAAAACCAGAUGGAAGAGAGCUAACAGUGGAUCAAUAAGUAUAUUUAUUAUAUUAAGUAUUAGGCUUAUAGAACUAGUUAAUAAUAAAGUCAAGUAUAAUAUUUAUUCAACUCUCAUAGACCAGCAAAUAAAGAGUCUCAAAUAUAAGUGGUGAUCAUGGAAGUAAAAGUAAGAAGAUUAAAGCUGCCAUUACUAUAUAAGCUCAUUGGAGAGGUUAUAUUGUUAGAAAAAAAAUAUAAAAAAAGUCAAUCGGUACAAAUGAUAUUGCAAGUGCUCCUCCAAUAGCUAAUAAAUAUUUUAGCAGUGAUAAAGAUUAUGCUCAAUAACAUAGCAAUUCUAAAACAAGAGAACAAAGACCUCCUUUUAAGUAUAAGAGCGGUGCUAUAUAUGAAGGUGAAUGGAUUGGAAAUUCUAGAGAUGGGUAAGGCACAUAAUUAUGGAAUGAUGGAGCUAAGUUUGUAGGAUAAUGGAAAAAUAAUAUGGCUCAUGGAAAAGGAAAGUUUUAUCAUGUAGAUGGAGAUAUUUUCGAAGGAACUUGGUUAGAAGAUAAGGCUUGUGGAUUUGGCAUAUAUAGUCAUGCUAAUGGAGCAAAAUAUGAAGGAGAAUGGCUAAAUGAUUUACAACAUGGAUUUGGAGUAGAAACUUGUAAUUUAUAAUUAGAUUAUGAUUAUAGGGGCAGAUGGUUCUAAAUAUGAAGGCUAGUAUAAUCAAGGAAAGAAGCAUGGUAAAGGAAAGUAUAUUUGGAAUGAUGGAAGUUUCUAUGAUGGAGAUUGGGAUAACAAUUAGAUCAGUGGAAAGGGAGUAUAUUAAUGGAGUGAUGGUAGAAGGUAUGAAGGAGAGUGGCUAAAUAAUAAUAUGCAUGGAUAAGGACAUUAUACAUGGCAAGAUGGUAGAUCCUAUAAAGGAGGUUAUAUCAACGAUAAGAAACAUGGUUAUGGUAUUUAUACUUGGGCUGAUGGCAGAAAAUAUGAAGGAGAAUGGGUAAGCGGAAAAUAACAUGGUAGAGGGUAAUAUAUUUUAUUGGAUGGAUCUAUAAAAAAAGGAGAAUGGAUAGAAGGGAAGAAGAUAAAAAACAUCUAAAAUUGA